AUGGCUGUCGGAUUCGGGUUCUCAGUCGGAGACUUCAUCGCAGGACUCAACCUCCUCAAACAAUCCAUUGAUGCGGUUAGCGAUUCGCGGGGCGCCCUCAAGGACUACCGGAGCUUGAUUGGAGAAAUAGACGUUUUACGCGACUGCUUGAAGGUUUUAGAUGAACUACAUAUCGACGAGAACUCGUUUAGCGGUGAGAAGCAGGCUAUCGAAAACGCCCUAGCCAACUGCAACGAUUGUAUCGGUAACUUUCUCUAA